AAAAAAUAAUCAAAUAAAUUUUUUUUGUGUUGUUAUUUGUUAUAAAUUGUAUAAAAAAAUAUUUUAAAAUGAGCCAUCACUGGGGUUACACUAAGGAAAAUGGACCAGCACAUUGGUUUAAGGAAUUUCCCCAAGCAUCAGGACAUCGUCAAUCACCUGUUGACAUUAACACUUCAAGCGCCAAGAGAGGUCGCGAUUUAAAAGCAGCUGCUUUGAAAUGGAAGUACGUUCCUGCCGAUACGAAGAGUCUUAAUAAUCCUGGCUAUUGUUGGCGCGUGGACGUUAAUGGUGCUGAUUCUGAAUUGACUGGUGGUCCUUUAGGCAAUAAUAUUUAUAAAUUAGAGCAAUUCCAUUGUCACUGGGGUUGCACUGAUGACAAGGGAUCUGAGCAUACCGUCGAUGGGGAGUCAUUUGCUGGUGAAUUGCAUUUGGUGCAUUGGAAUACAACUAAAUACAAGACAUUUGGUGAAGCAGCUGCUGCACCAGAUGGUUUGGCAGUAUUAGGUGUCUUUUUAAAGGCUGGCAGACAUCAUGAUGAAGUGGAGAAAGUAACUAGUUUAUUGCCAUUUGUUGUGCAUAAAGGCGAUCGUGUUACUUUGCCCAAUGGCUGUGAUCCAGCUAAGCUUCUACCAACUACUAAUACCUAUUGGACUUAUGAAGGUUCCUUAACCACACCACCUUGCUCAGAAUGCGUUAUUUGGAUUGUCUUCAAGACACCAAUUGAGGUUUCACGCGAACAACUCGAUGCAAUGCGCGAUCUCAAUUGCUAUGAUGUCAAGGAAGAUUGCCCUUGCAAUGAAUUGAACGGAAAGGUCAUCAAUAAUUUCCGCCCACCAUUGCCACUGGGUAAUCGCGAAUUACGUGAAGUUGGUGAACAUUAAUUUUAAAAUGUAAUAAACAAUAAAGUCAGUAACAUAACGCAAAUAUAAUCAACUAUUAAAGCAAAACUAAUGUACACUUAAAAAAAAUUAUUCAGUAAAAGAAGUGCCU